AUGCGCCAUGCAUUGAAGCAAGAGCUGGAGCAGACCAAGCCGCAGCUGAGGGCAGCUCAGGCAAAGGCAGAGGAGAAGGAACAGGAGCUGAAGCGCCUGCAGAAGCUGGACACCAAGGAGCAAGCGGAGGCAGCCGAGGAGGUCGCCUCUCCGAGCAGACUGCCGCCGCCGGAUUCGGCCCGCACGCCGGAGCAAUGCGCGGAGAAGCAGCAGUGGCUGGCCUGCGCGGCCAAGAACGGCCUGCUGAGGCACGCGCCGGAGGAGCUCCGAGGCGACCGGGAGUUUAUGCUGGCGGCGGUUGCGCAGGACGGCCGCGCGCUGCAGUACGCCUCGGAGGAGCUCCGAGGCGACCGGGAGUUUAUGCUGGCGGCGGUGGCGCAGGACGGCUACGCGCUGCACUUCGCCUCGAAGGAGCUGUGUGGCGACCGGGAGUUUAUGCUGGCGGCGUUGGCGCAGAACGGCGACGCGCUGCAGCACGCCUCCGAGGAGCUGCGCGAGGAGCGGGCCUGCGUUCUGGAGGCGGUGGAGAAAACCCGCUCCUGGUUCCUAGUGAACUGGGCCAGCCCAGUGCUCGGGGAGGACAAGGAGUUCCUGCAGCAGUGCAAGGACGUGUGCGGCACUGGCCUGGUUUUCAACUACUAUGAGAGCUUCACCGCCUUCCAGAGGAUGAGAGAGAGCUUCCUUGCCACCGGCGCAUCCGUUCCUGGCGGCCAAGCGUACGAGCGUGUAAUGGAGAAGCUGCGCAAGCGUGGGGACACAGGAGCCGCCACUGUGUGGUUUGACGAAGAGCCAGUUUUCGGCGCCUUCGCUGACAAUGGCCGCUGGCUACAUCCCAGCGAUGAGUGCGGAAGGGACUACAAGCCCGUCCCACCAGAGUCACCUGGACGCCAUCCGAUGUGGCGAUCCAAGGUGGAGUCCUGCGCUGCGGAUUCCAUCCCGGAAGUUGGAUCCAAGCACCCCUGCUGGUGCUGCCACUGGAUCCGAAAAGUACGGGAGCGCCAUGCAGCAGGCGCCGUGAUCUGCUGCACGGUUUCGAACAUCUUCGACUCAGACUGGGUGAGAGAAUACGGAGCAGGAUCGUCUGAGCUCAGCGACCAAAGGGCCGAUGAGUUACAGCUGCCGCGGGAGUCCUUCAAGAAUGGCCGGCCUGAGGGCUGGGGCUGCGGAAAGAUCACAAUAGUUGGGGCUGGCACGUUUGAGCGCGAAGCGCCGAUCCAUCCCCGCACGGGGUUGCCACUGGGCCAGGGGUGUCGCUGGGAGCGGCAGGCCCUUGAUGGGAUGGAUUUCCCCGUGUAUGUGUUUUUCACGCCCUGAAGACAUCGAUUUUGCUUUGGUCAAGCCAGCGCCUCUCAGCAAGUGAUGGCGCGGAUUGCGGCUGCACGGUUUCACCUCAGUGUCGCUCAAGCCUAAAGAAUUUGUGAC